ACACACACAGAAGCACACGCGUGAGUGAAAUUCUGAUGUUUCUGCUAGAACAUUAUGAAUGAAGUUCUCUCCUCUGUGCACGUCACCCAGGAUGAAAUGGAUCCUGUGCCCUACUUAGUGAACUGCAUGUCCACCACAGAUUCGGACACAGCCACGAAAUCAUGACUCGUCGCUGCUCGCCGUUCGUCUCGAGUCUCGGGUGAAUUUUCGCCUCUAGGCGGCGCUACAGAGCUCAUCAGCGCUAAAACAACAACAACACUUCACCUUCUUUCUUCCUUUGCAGUCGAGAGAGAAGAAAAAAAAAUGCAGGAGUGUGUUUGAGUCGGUUCCGGAGCGCGUCCGCCGCCAUGUAGCGAAACCGCCGAUCGUCGGCAGGAUGAAAGUUUGAGACGGGAACGGAAAGCGCGUGCUGUUUUUUUUGGUCGGGAGGAGGGAAAAACAUGGCUGUGCGGGAGGAAGGCGAGGUUCCGCACGGUAAAGUGAGGCACGACGGCGGCGCGGAGAGCUUCAGGAACGGCUACGUGAAGAGCUGCGUCACUCCGCUGAAGCAGGACCCGCCGCGGGGGCUUUUCUAUAGCGCGUGCCGCUCGUGCAGCGACACGGACUCCAACUCCACCGGGGUCGCACGCGUCUCCGCCGCCUACGCGGGAGCUUUCGCGGCGCUCGCGGCGUCUUUCUUCCUUUCACGUCGCUUUCAAAGCGCCGAAUUGCGCGCGCUGCUCUCGGACGUCGCAAGUUCUCUGAGCCCGUUGUUCAGUAUCGGGUGCGCGCACUUCUUUCUCACCUUCUACCUUCGCCGGCGGAAGCGCGAGAGCAGUCGCGGCUGGCUCGUGGCCCUGCCGGUCUCUUGCUACCUGGGGGACUUCGCGGCGCUGCGCUUCCUGCAGUGGGGAUCCGGGGACCAGGAGGACUCCGCCGCUGUCUCGCAUCACGUGCAUACGGCGGGCCGCCUGCUGUUCGUGCUCGGUUGCGUGGGCCUGCUCACUCUGCUACCGACACUCAAACUCCGACACAGUGUGCUCGUGCUACUUUUCGCCAGCGGCGCGUGGCUGCUCGCGCACACCGGCCUGAGCUGCGUGGCAUCGUGGCUCAGGCCGCUGAUCGCGUGCGCUGCCGCCGUGACAGGCUCAGUGUUCGGCCUCGGUUUCGACCGCUCGUAUCCGCCGAGGGAAACGACCAACCGGACGUCCGAGGAGCGCGUCCCGGUGGUGAGGCCGAGGCGGAGAUCCAGCUGUGUGUCACUAGGAGAAACCUCCAGUAGCUACUAUGGCAGCUGGAAAAUGCCGCGCAGACCGUCAUUACCGUGCAUCUCCCGAGAGCAGAUGAUCCUGUGGGACUGGGAUCUGAAGCAGUGGUCUAAACCUCAGUACCAGGGCUCAGUGUGUGGAGCAGAUCUCUCAGUGAUUAGUGAUGUGAGGAAUCUGAUCUCAGACCUGCUACAAGACUCGUCUCUGUCUCCACAUGUUGUGUCGUCGUUGCGCAGUGUCAACAGUUUACUCAGCAGUGUCUCGGGCUCCUGCCGGCCACGUCCAAAUCCAUUCACACCGUUUCCCGGGUUCUACCCCUGUGCUGAGGCGGAGGAUCCAAGUGACAAAGCUGAAAGAAAGCCAGUGAAGGGUCUAAGUAGCAGGAACAGUCUGCCCACUCCUCAACUGAGGCGGAGCUCAGCGUCUUCGUCCCUCUCUCCUCUGGAGACGCUCUCGUCCCCUCGCUGGGAGCGCAGUAAUGGAAAGAGAUCUCACGCUGAGCUCAGUGCUGGCAGUCAGGGGUCGUUCUCCAACGGGCCAAACAGCAACCUGCUGACCAUCCCGAAGCAGAGAUCUUCCUCUGUUACACUCUCCUACAGUCACACCAUGCCCAGGAGACCAGGUGCGUCUCCGAGUCUGAGUCCACUCAGUUCUCCGAGUCACAGUCCCCCUUCAUGUCCGAGCUCGUCGCUGAUCACUCGUUCCCCGGUGGAGUUUCCAGACACAGCCGAUUUCCUCACCAAGCCCAGCGUAAACCUGCACAAAGCUCCAGGGUUUUCACUCAGCUCACUCUGCACCAGUUGUGGGCGGCAGAUACUGAAGAGCAGUUCUAACACAGAGGUGGGUGAUGGUCACAUGACCUCAGGACCUGACAUGCAGAGAAGACGAUCAGCUGAAGGGACGGAAAACAGCAGCGAUGGUCUGAUUAGGGAGGAGAGAGGGAAAGGAGACGCUCAGGCAGAGGAAGCAGGACUGACCACAAAAGCUAAAGAACGAGCUCAGCAUGAGGAAGAGGAGGAGGAAGAGCAAAGUUUGGGUGUGCAGGAUACUCCAUCUCACCCUGAGGAAUUCAAGUUGGAUCCUCUGCUGGAGGAUCAUGAAGCUCUGCUGGAGAAGCUCAACAACUGGAACUUCCAGAUCUUUGACCUGAUGGAUAGAACAGGAGGAAAGUCGGGACGAAUCCUCAGCUGUGUGGCCUACACUUUGUUCCAGGACACGGGUCUGUUUGAAAUCUUCAAAAUCCCCGUCCGGGAGUUCAUGACGUACUUCUGUGCUCUGGAGAACGGCUAUCGCGACAUACCCUAUCACAAUCGUGUCCAUGCCACAGACGUCCUUCACGCUGUAUGGUACCUCACCACCAGACCCAUCCCUGGCUUCCAGCAGAUCCACAAUGAACAUGUGACAGGAAGUGACACAGAUUCGGACAGUGGCAUCUCUCCUGGCCGGGUUUCUUACGCUUUGUCCAAAAGCUCCUCCAUUUCAGACAGUAGUUACGGAUGCUUGGCCUGGAACGUCCCUGCCCUCGAGCUCAUGGCACUAUAUGUAGCAGCUGCUAUGCACGACUACGAUCAUCCGGGUCGCACAAACGCCUUUCUUGUAGCUACUAACGCCCCACAGGCGGUGCUGUACAACGAUCGCUCGGUUCUGGAGAACCAUCAUGCUGCUGCUGCAUGGAGCCUUUUCCUGUCUCAGCCUGAGUUUAACUUCCUGUCCAACCUGGACCAUGUUGAGUUCAAGCGAUUUCGCUUCCUUGUUAUCGAGGCCAUCCUAGCCACAGACCUGAAGAAGCACUUUGAUUUCUUAGCCGAGUUUAACUCAAAGGUUACGGAUGUGAAUAGCCCAGGUAUCGACUGGACUAAUGAGAACGACAGGAUGUUGGUAUGCCAGGUGUGCAUCAAGCUGGCGGAUAUUAACGGACCAGCAAAAGAGCGCAGACUUCACCUGAAAUGGACAGAGGGCAUCGUGAACGAGUUUUAUGAACAGGGUGAUGAGGAGGCUCGUCUUGGAUUACCUAUCAGCCCUUUCAUGGAUCGGUCUGCGCCGCAGCUGGCCAAGCUGCAGGAGUCCUUUAUCACGCACAUCGUCGGGCCGCUGUGUAACUCAUACGACGCUGCUGGCCUCCUCCCAGGCUACUGGGUUGAUGAGGAAGAUGGCGAGGAGGAGGAGGAGGAGGCUGAAGAUACAGAGACUGACGAUGAAGAUCUUGAUGAAGAGCUUCAAUUAAAGUCCGGGAAAAACCGCCAGCGUCUUUUCUGCAGCAUUAUGCAACACCUGACUGAAAACCACAUGGCAUGGAAGCAGAUCAUCGAGGAAGAGGAGAAGAACUGUGACCUGGGGCUUCAUCAGCAGCAAGAGCAGCAGCAGGCAGACACAUUGAGCCUUCCUCCUCCCUCCUCAACCUCAGAUGACAUUCAGGUCAUUGAAGAGGAGGCUGAAGAAGAGGAGCGGCAGCAGGAGGGAGAUUGAGUUGAGCCGAUUGGCUGAGAAAAAAAUAGGGGAUGGGCCUGAAGCAAACAGUUGACCCUUCGCUCUUGCUCUCCUCCAUUAGAACACAGACACACACAGUCCGAACUGACACCAGAAGAUUCUGCCAGAUCUCCUGUACUGAAAUGAAUCACUGUGACGCAAAUGCAGUUCACGUGGUGUUGAAGAAGAAGAGAAAAAAAAAUUAAAAAUUAAAAAAGGCCUUACUACUGUGAGAGCAUCCUAUGCACUUUCACCCCAUGGAGAAUGAUGGAGGGAUAAGAGAAAAGGUUGAAAAAAGACAUGUUAUAAUGAUGAAACGAAACUCUCCAUGGUUCUUUGGCUGUGAUGCUGCCUUGAAAGCAGAGCUCUUAACUCUCCUGUAGGUACUUAUUACAAUUAUUAUUAUUAUUAUUAUUAUUAUUAUUUUUUUUUAAAGUUAUUUAAAAAACAGAAAGGCAGAGGACUUUCAAGUCAUCACUCGUUACCAAAGCGAACAGUUAAAAAUAAACGAGGCUGAGGUUAAAUCAGGCUCUGUGUCAGGAAUACUCUAGAAGCAUAAAUCAAACGUGCCUGUCUCAACCCUUUUGUGUUAUUUUUUUUUCUCUUCCCACGUGGUCCUGGUGAUGGACUCUGACCCUCAGCACGAUACGUGCAGUUUCCUCCUCAUGCUGGUGACACGAAAACACUGUAUCAUUGAACUCCGCCAUUAGGACUUUAACAUGGAAAUGCUGACAGUUUGACUGAAAAAAAAAAACAUGAAUAUUUACUUCUGCAUCAUUUUAGGAUGCUUUUUUUUACUCACCUGCCUUUAGUUUGAGUUUCCUUUGUUAUACAUUUUUAUGUGCUCAUGAGUUUUUUUCUUUCCUCCUCAGGAAUGCAAAGUUGCCAUUUGUUGUUCCUCUUGUGAACUGUUAAAAGCAUUAAGUAUUGAACAGAGAAGAAACACUGUUCUGAUGAAGGGAUCUUAUUUCUUUUAUUUCUGUUUAUAAUUUUAAAUCACUCUCAUAUAUACAUAGAAUAUGUAUGUAUACACACACACACACACACGCCCAUAACAUUAACACCACUGUCAGGCAAAGUGAAUAUCAGUGAUGAUUCCAUUUCAGUGUCCGUGUCAGGGGUGUGGUUAUACUGGGCAGCAAGCAAACAGUCAGGUUUUGAAGUUGAUGUUUUGGAAGCAGGAAGAAUGGGCAGUGGUGAGGAUCUGAGCAGCUUUGACAUGAGCUAGACGACUAGGACAGGGCAUCUCCACAACAGCAGGUGGAGGUCUUAUGGGGUGUGCAGUGGUUAGUACCUAUCAGAAGUGGUCCAAGGAAGGACAACUGGUGAACCACUGACCCCUGUCCACCACCCAAAACCUCUACUUUGGACAUGUGGGCAUCAGAACUGGACCAUGGAGCAAUGGAAGAAAGAGGCCUGUUCUGAUGAAUCACAUUUUCUUUUAUAUCACGUAGACGGCCAGGUGUGUAUGUUGCUCACCUGGGGAAGAGAUGGCACCAGCAUGCACCAUGGGAGGAAGACAAACCGGCAAAGGUCCUGCAUUCACGUGGGUGUUGCUUGAUGCAGACCAAGUUCACCCCUUCAUUUGAGGAAUAUAAAGAGUUCAAGGUGUUGACUUGGCCUCCAGACCCCCCAGAUCUCAUUCUGAUUUAACGUCUGUGGGAUGUCCUGGACAAACAAGUCCGUCCGUGGAUGCUCCACCUCACAACUUGCAGGACUUAAAGUAUCUGCUGCUAACAUCUUGGUGCCAGAUACCACAGCACACCUUCAGGGAUCUAGUGGAGUCCAUGCCUCAACGACUCAGAGGACUGUUUUGCAGCACACAUUAUGGAUGAUCUGCAUGUGUGUGUGUGUGCGAGAGAGAGCAAAUCAGGUCAGGUCCAUAAGUAUUUGGGCACUGACAAAGUUAUUGUUAUUUUACCACAGAAAUAUUGAAAAAGAGCUCUUAUUUUAAUUUGGAAUUUAAAUUGGGUGAAACGUUUAGGAAUUCUGUCACUUUUUAUGGAACCAAAGGUAAUUGGACAAUCUCAUAAAUUAAAUUGACAUUUUUAAUACUUAGUAAUGAAUCCUUUGCAGUGACUGACUGCCUGAAGUCUAGAAGUCAUAGACAUCACCAGAUGCUGGCCAGGUCUUUACUGUAGCCGUCUUUACUUCCUGUUUUUUCUUUUUUAAAUUUUAAUUUCAGCAAGGGAAAUUCAUUUCAGCUGGAUUCAACUCCGUUGGAUUCAGGUCAGGUGAUCGACUUGGCCAUUUCACAUCCAUUGCACAGCAUGCCACUUUUUGCCUUAAAACGUUUUGAUUGAUGGCAUAGGCUGGGUCAUAGUCUGUGUGCUCUGUGAAGAUCCAGCUAAUGGAUUUUGAAGCAGAUAUCCCCCUGUACACCUCUCAUCGUUUUGUUUGUCAGCACUCUCGUCAUCAAUAAAUAAAGGAGAACAGGUUCCACUGGCAGUCGUACAUGUCCACACCAUAAAAUGAAGUGGUACACUCCACAAAUGACACUCGAAAUCAACCCCUAGACCUUUUAACGAUUCCUGGUAAGUGAAAUAAUGAGGGAAUAACAUGUCCAUGGUACUUCUAAGCAUUCAAUUGUCCAAUUACUUUUGAGGGACCACAUAUAAAUAAUGAUGUAAUUCCUAUGCUUCAUUUCACUUUGAUUUGGAUGUAAAUUCAGUCACAUUAAAGCUGGAAGUCUACAGUUUGAGCUCAAUUUAUUUAUUUUGAACUCCAAUAUGGUGGUAGACAACUAAAAUAAAAAAGACUGUAAAUGUCCAAAUAUUUAUGGACCUGACAGUUAUAUGACAGAUGCGUGCGCACACACACACGUCUACGGUCAUGGUUUCUCAGGAUGCAUGCAGAAUGAUCAGCUUGUAUGGACAGUUUAAAGAGAAUCGAGAGUCUAGAGGUUUUUAUUUCAACUGUUCACAAUCUUUUGUUCAAUCACACUGCAGACACCUACUUUUUCUUUUGUGGUUGUAUAUAUUUGAGUUUUAAGGAAAUGAAUUCCAAACAUCAGACAAUUUUGGGAAAGAUGGGCAUUUGUGGUUUUGUUCUAGGUGAAGAAGCUGAAAUUCUGUCAUAUAUAUAUAUAUAUAUAUAUAUAUAUAUAUAUAUAUAUAUAUAUAUAUAUAUAUAUAUAAGAAGCUUGCAGGUAGUGAGCUCCAUCAGCUCCCCAAACUCAAAGUAUUAUCGUCUGCUUUCAUUCAAAACAGAGUCUGAGAAUGUAAUGAACAUUUUGAUGCAUGUCAUAGGCAAGUAUUUUUGACUUGAGUCCCUAUUUUAUUUGAACCAUACACAUUCUUUUGUUAAAUCACACUGCAGACACACACUUUUUUCUUUUGUGGGUUUUUAGUAGUCUUUGCCAAACAUGCAAGCAGGCCAGUGCAUCAAUUUGAAGUGAUCCAGGGUUUCACCUCAAAAAAAAAAAAAGCAAAGCUGUACACUUUUUUAUAUUUUCGUAUCCUUCACCAUAAGGCAGGUUUAAUACUAAUAGCUCUAUAUAUUUUUCUCUAAGCAAGAACUCUAGGCAUUCCACUAGAAUAAAGAGGAGGAGGAGGAGGAGACGGACAUGCGACUCUCCUCAUUGCAUUGUUUUUGGAGAGAAAAGUUCUCAAGUAGGCAAUGUACAUCAAGCUAUAUUUAAAGAAAAAAAAGAAACAAACAAACAAACAACAAAAAAAAAGACCUAUAAAUGUGCACAUUUUACUACCAAACAAGUGUUUAAUCUCUGCACAGAAAGAGUAUCUGCAUAUAUAAAUAUAUAUAAAAUAUAUAUUAUAUAUUUUUAAUUAAUCAACUGAAUGCGUCUGUUUUCUACAUACAGCUGACAUUGUACAUUAAGAAUCUGUAAUUAUCAUCCUAUUUCCAGAGUUUUUAAGCAAAUACUAUUUACAGAUGUGGAUAUGUUUGGGUGUGGUAUUAUUAUUAUUUUAAUAAUAAUUUGGGGUGUGUUGUCUUUGUUUCUGUGCAUAACCACUCUGCUGAGAACUUUUUUUCCUGCCGGGUGAGUCAGCUAGCUGCAGUGCCAAACACCCCCUUGUCUCCUAAUCCCUCUCUCUCUCCCUCUCUCUAUCUGUAAUUUUUUGUUCCUUCUGCUGCCAGUUGCUUUGCCCAGCACUUUGGCCUUCAUUGGUUUUGGGAGUUGAGGGGUGCGGCCAAUCAAUCAUAUUGCCUAUUUGUUUUUCUUUCUUUCUUUGUCUUUCUUCAUUUACUUACCUUUUAUCUCCUGUACGUCUGUCAUCAUCAGGAAUUGAGCAUCUUCUGUUCAUCACUCUGUGAAAUGCCAUUAAACAUUUCUCGUCAUUUCGGUUUAUUUCACUGCAGUGAUCACCAACCUUCCACUUGUCCAUGUUACAUUUCACAAAACUUUUUAUGUAGCAAGUACGAUAGCUGUGUCAUCUGUAACCAUUUCAGUCUUUUUCAACAUUGUAGGGAGAAACUCCCCUCCACCCCACUGAUAUUUAUAUCUGUCCAUAAAGAAUACCAUCCUUGAAAAUA